AUGGCAACUCUAAUCCACUCACCACAAGGAACCGCGUCAGAUUUGGCCCAGGUGGAUCCAAGUGUUGGCACUGAAUUUCAAACUGUCGCCAACGAUGUGUUCGCCUCCAACCCGCGGGUUGCGGAGAAGGAGAAGAGACGCUGGGAGGAAGAGAAGGGCUUCGGCACACUCUUCGACACCAGCCGCUCCAGCCCUUCGACGCCCUUGAGAGAAAGCAGUAAGACACAGGAAUACCGCCAUGGAUUCAAGCGGGUCCCUCAACGAGGAUGGUCAGACGAGGAGGCCGGUCAAGAUCAGCCUCUGCUCCGACCUGUAUUGGCGAGCGAGCUGCCGCGAGAAGACUUUCAUGCGAAUCGAUGGAGGUGCAUCGUCCACCCAGAGCGUGCAGUUGAGACGCUGGGACCCGUUGCUCAUCUUGAGCUUUCAAUCUUCAGUGCCAAGGACUUGGCAGAAGAAGACAUCUCCCUGACUUUGCAGCCUACAUGCAAUCCCUAUGCCAAGGUCUAUCUCGACGAUAGGCUAGUCUGCCGUUCCAAGUGCCAGCAGCGAACGACAUCUCCAGAUUGGCGUUUUCACCGGUCGCUGGAUGUCGUGUGCCCAUAUUCGAUGCUGAGGAUACAGGUGGCGGAUCAGACGCACUCCAACGUCAUGAUGGCGCGAGAUGCCCAGAUGGGCUUUGUGGAAAUCUGCCUUGGUGAUUUGCCGUGGAAUCGGGACGUCGAAGGGUGGUUCGAGUUGCGCUACAAGGAGAACUUGCAGCGGACCAGCGCUGAACGGUAUAAAGCCCACUGCCAGCGAAGAGAUUCGGCAUGGGGAGGUGGGGCGGCCGCGAGGCGCAAGUGGCAGAGUCAGUCGAAGCAGAAGGACAUCAUACCGGCAGAUCAGGAGCAAGCCGAGAAGUCUGGACAUCCACGGAGUCUGCUCCGAAACUGUGUGGGCUACUUCGUCGAUCGCUCAGCUGAGCUGGGGCUACCACUGCCGGAGGCAUUGCGCACGGGCCAUCGGUCUAGUGCUGGCGAGAUCCUGCUGCGCAUGCGCCUGUCCUAUCUGGAUCGUGGCAAGGAUGCGAUGUUUGCCAUGGCGCUCAAUCCACCCUCCUCGGAAGACCACGGCACCCACUUGCAGGUGGAUGGCGAUCCGAACUUUCACCUGCAGCAUCUCUGGGAUGAUGUGGCGGACGUCCGGCGUGACCUCGUGGAGGAUGCCAUGAGCUGCGUGUCCAAUUUCCUUGUCUACAUCCUGCAGUGGCGAUCGUUUCUGGUGACCGGCACUCUUUUAACUUUGCUGGUGGUGCCUCUGGUGUAUUCUGCGAUGCAUCCCCAUCGACGAAACAUGUGGCUGCUGUCCGCUGUGCUGCCUGGAGUGCUGGCCUUCCUCUUACUGCUUCUGUCGUGUCCCAGACUUCGAGCUUCCAUGGUGCAUGGUGGCACAAACGCCCCGUUGACACAGGAAGGUUUUGCUAGUACGGCAGCCUGGAGAGAUAGCGCCCAGAUGGUGACUUUUUUGAGCAGAAUCAUCGCUGAUCUUCAGGGGAUCGUGAACGAUGAUCAUGAGCUCCAGUCCUUGGCUGCGCGCUGCUUCCGGGAUGGCAAGCCGCGGCUCACGCUUUCAGAGCUCAGGAGUCUGCUGAAAGGGGCGCACUGGGUGAACAUCGCCGUUGCUGAGCCUGAUGCAGCAGACAAGGCACCGGAAUGA